AUGGAUACAUCCUCCUGCUGCACUUGCGCAAAGCUGCUCUCCGUCUUACCCCACUACACCAAAGAAUCCACGCCCGAGAACUCCGAGAAGCCGCCGGCCCCGUUGCCGGAGCAUCGGCAGCUGGGAUGCUGCGGCCGGACCAUAUGCGGAAGUUGCAUAAAUAACAAUAAUCGAUUCGCACAUUACUGCCCAUACUGCCAAAUCUCUACGGGCCCCUCUAGCCUGCCACCAGCGGGGCUCAAAGACCCACCGUCGUACGGCUUCGUGACAGCAGCCGCAUCCCGCCCUCCGAUCGAGGCGCCGCCGCCAUACAGCACGACCGCCGAGCCGCCAGCACCACCUGAAAAGGGAAAAAGGACAGGGGCGGAGACACCAACGACGACAAACAACAAAGACUCCCCGAUCCUCCACUUCCUCGACCACGAGCACGACAGCGUCUCUUCCCUGUCGCUGCGCUACAACGUUCCGGCCGCCGCCCUGCGCCGCGCCAACCGCCUCGGCAGCGACCACCUCCUGCUGGGCCGGCGCGUGGUCCUCAUCCCCGUCGCCGCGGGAGGUGGCCACGACGGCGGCGCCACCACGACCACCAGCUUGAGUCCGCACCCCGUCGAGGGUGAGGAAGAGGAGCGCCGCAAGGGCCGCAUACGUAGGUGGAUGGUGGCCUGCAAGGAGGCCGACUACGACGUCGCAGUGCUGUACCUGGAGCAGAACGAUUACGACGUCGACGCCGCCGUCGAAGCCUACUUUGCCGAUGAAGCUUGGGAGAGGGCGCAUCCGGUGGCCGGCCGCAGAAGUAAAAGGGGAAGCGGGGGUUGGAACCGUCUCAACACACCGGCAUCCGCCUCCUCUUCUUCGACCAUGCCUGCAAGGUCUUCAUCCGCCUGGCCCCUGUCAAGUUUUGGUCUGGGCUCGUGGCGAUAG